AUGGAUUUAACUUCACCUUAUAAAACGAGAUCAAAUAGUAAGAAUGAAGAUAAUUAUAAAAUUUAUCUAUCAAAAGGAGUACUCGACUUAAGCGGAGAAGAAAAUGUAGACUUAUCUUCAAUUGGUAAACGCCCAACUCUGAAAGUACUAAAUCUUUCAUAUACAAAUGUCAAAUCAUUUGAAGGACUUGAUCUUCAGCCUAAUAUUAUGCAAAUUAACCUCAGAAAUUCAAAAUUUACAUCGUUAUAUAAUUUUUUGUCCGUUAAGAAUGCUUCAAACAUCAAUGUUGAGAAUACACCAUUUUCUCGUAAAGAAAAUUACAUGAUUCAGCUUGUUGUUGCUUUCGGAAAUCAACUCAGACUAAUUAAUGAUAAAACAAUACCAAAAAAUAUUCUCAUAAAAGCACAAAAAUACCCAAAAAUUGUAAGAGAACUACUAGAUAGGGGAUGGGAAUUCAUAUAUCCAUGUCCUAGUGAUACCGAAUUAAAUUCUAUUGCUGACAUCCUAGGAGUAUCUUCUAAAGUUUCUCAGGCUUCUUCUAGUGUUAGAUAUGAACGUAUUAUUAUUCAAACAACAAAUUCAACUCAAAAUCCCUUUACAAAACGAAAAUUAGAAAUACUUCAACGGCAAACGCAGAUGUUUGAAGAGUAUGAAAAGCAAUUAGGUAUAAUAGACAAAAGUGAUGACUAUACUGAUAGAAUUUCUGAUCUUUUAGGUUGUAUAGGAAUUCAUACUACAAAUCAUGAAGAUAUACUUAAUGAAGUGAAGAAAAUUAUCUCUAAAAGUAGGAAGCAAAAGCAAAAUUUUAUUAAAUCUGAAGUUGAAUCAAACAUCGCAAAUAAUGAAACUUCUAAACAGACAAAUCUUCAAACAGAAGAAAAAAUUAACGAUAUUGAACCAGAAUAUAAUAAGUCAAGCUCCGAAAAAGAGGAAAAUCUCCAAGAAGAAGAAAAUAUUUCUGAAAAUAUUGAUGAAUACGGAAGUCCAAUUAAAAUUGGAGAGAAGGGAUAUGAAAAGACAAAUUUAGAAGUCAAGCAAGAGACAAAUUCAUCAAAACAGUCUACGAAUUCUGAAAAAAGUGAAUAUUCUUAUUAUUCUUCAACAAAAUCAGCUGAAACUAGUGAAGGUAGCGCUUAUUUUCCACCUAUUAGUAGCAAUUCUUUGGAUUCUGAGUCAUCAGCAAAUUCCUGGGAGGUUGAUCGAAAUUAUUUCCAACCAAUUCGCGAAUUAUCUGCAUCUCGUUCUUCUAUAGCAUCAGAGUCAAACUCAUCUUCAAGUAGAUUUGGACUUAUAAGCGAACCAAAAUCUGAUUCUUCAGUAAUUUCUACUGACUCAACUCACAAAAAGCGUAAAAGUGUUAUUCCAUUAUCAAAACAUCUUGUGGAGAACAAAUUAUAUGGAUAUACAUCUAGAAACGAUGCCCAAAGAAUUGAUCUUGAAAAAACUGAAAAGAAUAGACAAAAAAGGAAGAGUUCUGCUAACUAUAGUCCAAAGUCUGACAAAGAGUUUAUUUACUCCUACGAAUACGAAAGUUUACCAAAUGGAAAAAAGAAAUCGAAGAGGGUUCUAAGCAAAAAGAACCAAAAGUCCAUCCCUCGCGUAGAAUCAGUUCUCUCUUCUGAUAGUUACAGUAAGGAUAGCUAUAUUUCUUCACCACCUCAAUCAUCGAAAAUGAGGUUUGUAAGUGAACUUGAUUUAGAAGAUUCUGAUGAUUUAGUUCCUCCACAAGAAGAUAUUUAUGAAUCAGGAACUGUAGAAGGAGAUUCCGAAGAAAAUAUUCUUCAAAAAAGAAUAGACUUUUAUUCAGCUGAAGCAUAUGCAGGUUCUGGAAGUCUUGCUUCACUAUCGAUCCCAGAAGUCGAAAGUUUUGGAACAAUGAGCAGUUUAAUUUAA